UAAAACAAUUUCCGGGGACGUCAGCGUCACCAAGAUCAAAACCAGAAGGUAGCAGCAGCAGGGGAGGAAGAAGAAAGAGGAAAAAGCAGGGGGUUGGGGGGAGAACCAGAUCCUCCGUUUAAACGGCCGGUACAACCGCUCUCUCCCUACGCCAACUCCACCUCCACCAACCUCUCUCCCUCUCUCUCUCUCUUCUUAACUUCGCUUUCACUUCCCUUCUUCGUCUUCUUCAUCUGCGAUCCUCUGCAGCGAGAAAAUUUUCCUGCUCACCAAACAGAAUUCUCUCUCUAUCUCUCUCCCUGCAGAACGCCGCUGUUUGUUCGAGAUAAGGAGGAAACGCUAAAUUCACGCGGCCCGUUCUCCUCUCUCUCUCUUCCUCACUGGUGCUAUAAAUUCAAUUUCCCUGAUUCUUCGCCGUCAGGGAAGGAUCCCGUAAUCCGGUAAGCUUCUUCUCUUACUGCUUUUUUUCUCUCUCUCUCUCUCUCCCUCUUGCCAUCUCUAUUUCCCUGUACAUUCCGUUUUCCCGUUCCCGAUUCUGGCCGCUCGUCGUUUUCCGCCGUAUGAAAGCUUCGGCGCGGCGGUUCUGAGGUUUCGCACCUUCUCUCUUUCUCUCUUUCGUUUGCUUAAUGGUGCUUUGGAUUUUGGAAUCGUCGGGAUUCCCUUUUCCUAACUUAACGCUGACUGUGAGAAAGCUGAACGCCGUCGUUUUCUGGAGCUGGAGCAUUUUUUUUUUUUUUUUUCCUUCGAGUCAUUUGGUGCCGGCCGGCGGUGGUUUCGUCGGCGGAGUAGUCGAGUGUGUUAUUUUUGUCGGUCGUUCUCCGCUCCCUGGCUGUAUUGAAUUGAAAUUCCCUUAACCGGUCCGUUUCCUCUCUGAUUAUUUUAGACGGCGAUGAGUUUGAGAGAUAUUCUCUAGAAGUUAUUUGUUGAUGGCUGGAUUUUCUCUGUUGCCGCAGAAAUAGAUUUCUCCUUUGACUGAGAAGAUUUUGAGGAUAAUUUGCUUCUUCAUCAGAUUGCGAUUUCGCAACUCGGUUUCGAGCUGUUUGGUUAGUGUAUUUCGGCCGACUGUGGAGCUCAGUUGAAUUGAGUUGGAGCUCGGAAAUACUCGCCGAGUCGUGCCAUUUUCCCACUUCAAUCCAGAAUUAGGUAUUCAAAUUUCCGAUCUGGUUAGAGCCGAAACAGAGGGAUUUGCUCAAAGGAAAAAACGAUCGCCGACAGAUUGAGGAGGAAAGCGAGCUCAAUACUGUUCAACUUUACCGUUGAAAAGUUGAAAUUGCUCCUUACUUUUUCAAUGUGCCUUUUAAGUCAGUCAUCACAGUUCAUUGUAGUACUUCUGAUUUGCUUUCUGUGGAUUUUGAUUUGCGCGUAUAUCUGCCUUCGAUUUUGCAGAGAGUUGCAUGCUGAGAGGACUUUUGUGAAAGAAGGGGGGCUCAAUCAUGGCUUCUUCGCAGCUCGUGGAAAUCCAACCCAAGGAACUGAAAUUUACGUUUGAACUGAAGAAGCAAAGCUCAUGUGCAGUCCGGCUUUUGAACAACACAUAUCACACUGUUGCGUUCAAGGUCAAAACUACUUCGCCUAAGAAGUACUGCGUGCGUCCAAAUGUUGGAGUCCUGCUGCCCAAGUCUGUUUGUGAAUUCACAGUUACAAUGCAAGCUCAGAAGGUUGCCCCACCUGACUUGGUAUGCAAAGACAAGUUCUUAAUCCAAACGACAGUCGUCCCCAUUGGUACAUCUGAUGAGGACAUAACACCUCUCAUGUUCUCCAAAGAGAAUGGUGCCGAUAUCGAAGAAACCAAGCUGAAAGUCGUCCUUGUCAGCCAACUCAGCCCGUCUGAAUCACCAUUGUCUUCACCAGAUGACUCCCCCAAACAGAUACCCCAUUAUGUGGCUACAGUGCUGCCCGAGCCAGUCUUUACCAGCAUCGACACUUCUACUCAAGUCCACCCUUUAACAGAGGACUUGGAGUUCAGAAUGCUAGAACACGAGACCACGUUGAAGCCUAAGAAGCUUGCUGCUGCUCUAGAAGACACUGAAGAGAUAAAGCCGGUCAACAUAAAAGGCUUAAUCCCUGUUAUUAAGGAAGAGCUCGAUAAUGAGGUGCAGUUGGAUAAGCCCAAAAUUGAAGAUGUUAAACGAGAGUAUGAUAGUAAUGCUACUGAGAAAUCAAAGCCAGUGAUCAUUAAGGCUGAAGUUAAAGACGGGUACGAACAACCACCAGCAAAUUAUGCCGCCCCUGCCCAAAGCCUGCAACAAGAACCAGGAGCAAAGGACGCCAACUCCCUCCGCUCUCCUCCUCCUACGGCCGAUGUAAAGUUCGACACAGUGGAGAAAGCUGCAGUCGUGGAGCCACCACAGUUGUUAGUCAAUCAUGUCGACCCCAAGUUAGUCAACGAAAUCGAAGCAAUGAAGUCGAAAUUGGAUUCCUUGGAGCUCAAGUUUACCGAGGCUCAAUCGACGAUUUCGAAGCUGAUCGAGGAGAGGAAGUCCACGAAUCGGGAGAGGAAGACUUUACAAGAAGAGCUCGCGAUGUUGAAAGCUGGGAAGAUCAGUGUGCCAGCAGCUGCAGAAGCCGGGGUUCCCUUUCUUCACGUCGUGAUCGUCGCUCUAAUCAGUAUCCUCUUCGGGUAUCUUUUACGCGGUUAAAAAAAUGUUCCCCGGACGGUGAAAAUUCAGCAGGGCCCUCUCUUAGUAAAGGCUUAAAGUAGUAGAAAGUCCAGCUAUCCACCACCCAUUACAGGAAGAAAAAAAAGUUGUCGCGAGAGGUGAAAACAAAAUAUCUAGGGAACACAAAUUUUCUCUUCUUUGUUAUCUUGGCGUUUUUUCUUCCGUUUUUUUUUUUGGCGGUGUAAUGGCAUGGUUUAGGAUUCUUGAUGUAAAUUGCAAUGUGCAACACAGCACAGAUAAACAAAAACUAAAGAACAUCUCGCGUUAGGUUAAACAUAUGAUCAUGGAAAAAUGGCUUGUGCAUUGUUCUAGAAGGUAUGGUCUGAUGGUGACAAAAAGAGAAAUGCCUCGUGGUCUUUUGCUAAGGGUGAACAAAUUUAUUCAAACACAAAUAGAAACCAAGGUUUUGUUUGGUAUAGUUUUGUUGUUGUUUUGGUUGUGGUAGAGUUGUGAGAACGAAGGUAUAACCGCAAUAACACGAAAAUAGAAAAUAAAGAAUAUAAACCUGUUUAGCUGUAGUUCAAUUCGUAGAAUACAUGAUUUUGGUGAUAGUUAAAUAGAUGCAUUGUCAUCCAUACAUGUAUAAUAAUAUACAUGUAUAUACAAAAAUUUGUGUAUUGUAGUUUACCUCGUUUGGUUUUUGUGAUAGUUAUUGUGUUAUUUAAAUAAGUUAUAUUACUUUUUGGGUGAAAUGUCACUUUUACUCUUUGUUUUUAAUUAAAAAAGCAACACACAUAAAAAGGUAGGGUCAUAGUUGGAAGAAAAUAAAGCACAACAAUCUCAAUCAAACAAUCUCAACAAUCUCACCAAAAACUUGAGAUUCUCCAAAUAGAGGUUGAGAUUCUCCAAAUAGAUGCAUUUGUUCAAUUUGUGUAUUAUUAUUUGAUGUAUUGAUUCAAUGCAUGUAUUAGGAAAAUACUUUGUUUGGAGGAGCAAUGAUGAAACAAAAAGUAGGGUAGACAAUCCCUUGUUAACAAUCUCACCUUUUGGUAGAGAUUUAUAAUCAUUCAUUUUGAGUGAUUAUAGGUGGGCCCAACAAAAAGUCAUACAUGCAUUCUAACUCAAAGUGAACCAAAAAAACGACUUAAUCUUAACAUUACAUGUAUUUGCUAAAUACCUCACUUCAAAUCUCAACCUCCAAACAACCCCUUAACUAUCACUCAUUUUGAGUGAUAGUUUGUGUCAAAUCAAGCAAACAAUGCAUUUAGUGCAGAAAAUUCAAAAAAUGAUGCAUUGUAGACAAUGCAUGAAUUGUAACUAUCACAACCAAACAAUCACCAAAACCAAACGACCCAAAAUUGCAUUUAGUUACUUCUUUGGACCACAUUUAGUAUCAAUAUUAAGAUUAAUAUAAAAGUAGAAAAAUGAUGCAUGAAUAAUGUGCUAUGACGAGUUAUGAGAAAAUUGGGGGAGAACAAAAUAUGAAAUGGUAUAGGCAAUAAGGUAUUGAGGAUGAGUUAUGUGACAGAGGAGGGAGAAAAAUAUGUAGAAAGUGGAGCUGGUGAGAUUUUGGUCACACACUCUUGAAUGAAAUUAUUCCAACAAGUGAUAGGAUCCUACAAGAAAUAGGUUUUGCAAAU